AUGGAUAAACUUAAAGAGAAAAUAAAUACACUUAGAGAUGAACGUGAUGCAGCAAUUUCUAGUAGUGAAGAAGUAAAAAAUGAAAAUAAGAAAGUUCAAGAUGAGCUCACUGCUAAAGAGCGAGAAAAUCAUUCUCUUACAAAGAAAGUUUCACAACUUGAGUCUGACCUGGAUGAAGCUCUAAAAAACUUGAAAGAAAUUACUGAAAAUCAAGAACGUCAUAUUGCUAAACUUGAAGAAGAAUGUACAGAAAAAGAUGCACAAAUAGAAGAAAAGAAAAAGGCAUAUGAUGAAUUAAAAAAUGAAUAUGAUGAAACUAUUAAACAUCUUGAUAAUAUUUAA